UUUACCUUCAGACUAUUCUUAAUUGGGAGGCGGCGGCGGCAAAUCAACGGUACUACUGUGCACCCUGUCAAACAAUUUUAUGAUGAAAAUUCUGAUUCCCUCACGCAAUUCUCUACAAAAAUGUGACUUCACUCUAAGAAGAGAAGGUUCAGAUUCGUGUUUCUCUCGCCGGAACAACUCGCCGGAACUGGAAAGUUAUGGCUGCAAUUUGCAUUCGAGGUGGAAUGAUGCAAAGCAUCGAGGAAUCGUUUGGUGUGAGGUAUAAGGUAUAAGAAUCAGUGUUUGAUAAAGCUGCUUGUUUAGUAAAGAUAUCAUGGACCAGAAGUAUCAAUUACCUUUCAAGGUAGGGCAAACAACUGAAGCAAGGUGUUUGGAGGAUGGAUAUCGUGGAGCGUGGUUUCGGUGUAAGAUACAGGAGAUAAGCCGCAGAGGAGGACAUUGGAGUGCCUUAUUGCAAUACUUUGACUAUCCAGAUGAAAAAUGGGCAUGGACAGAGCUAUAUCAGAUGGGGCAACUGAUGCUGCGACCUGAGUAUCCUCCAGUCCACUUGAAAAACAAAGUUUCUGAUGUCAGCUCAAAUUCGGAUGUAACUGUUGUUGUUGAUGGUACUUGGAGGGAGGGCGAUUUGGUUGACUGGUUGUACGAUGACUGUUAUUGGUCCGGACAAGUGACGAAGUUACUUGACAAUGGAAAAGCUAAGAUUGAGUUGUUGCCACCUCCAUUGGGUGAAGGUGAAACUUAUGACGCCUUUGUCAAGGAUUUGCGUCCAUCCUUAGAUUGGUCUCCAGAGUAUGGUUGGGUUAUGCCUGCAUCACAGGCUGGUGAAAGUUCUCAUCAAUAUCCUCCGUUACUUAAACUUGUUAGUCAAGGACAUGCUAUAGUUAAAGGGAGAAGGGGCAGACAGGCAAGAACUGGAUCAUCGUCAAACUCAUCUUUCUAUACUCGUUUGUCUGGUUACCUACAGAGGGACGUCAAAACUUCAAAAGAUGCUGCAAACAGAUCAAACGACAUGUUAAAAGAAACCGCAUCCUAUGCAUCUUCCUUUGCUCAUAGCUCUGCAAAAUCUUUACCUGCCUUGGAUGAUAAAAGGGGCUCUGAAUCCAAAGAGUUACUUGAUCAAUUUUCAAACAUUGCUGAACUAAAAGAAGUUGCAAACAUUACUGAUAUGGAUCAAAAAGUGUUGGGCCUACUCGACAAGUUUAAAACCAGUGGUGAAAUUCCAUUCAAUUCGUUGGAGUCCGAUGAAUUGGAGGAAGCAAUUCUUGAUUUAGAGGAACUUGCAAACAAAAUCAGUCGGCUCAAACAGCUUAUGGAAUCUAAAAGACCUCUGUCUGAUGGUGUUACACCUUCAUGGAAGUUUGUAAAACACUAUGGAACAUCGACAAAGAAUUGAUGGCUUUGGAAGUUUGGCUUGAUCCUUCCUGUCUUUGAGCUAGGAUACGAUUGAGGAACACAUCCUGAAGAACUUGCUUAGAAAUACUCACUUGUAGUGAACGAUCACUACAAGUUAGUAAUUCUUGUCUACACAACAAAUUCUACGUUCUACGUUCAGCUGGAGAACGCCUUUUGAGGAGCCAUGGCGAGUCACUUGCUCUACUCCUUUACUUUUUGUAUCUCCAUUACAUGAAACUUUUCCGAUUACUCAUCGAAUGAUAGAGGUGAUAUACUGUCCUUCUCGUUCGAGAUUCAUGCAGACUUCUUUCCUGAAUCUUUUCGGUCAACAUCAAAGCUGUGUAAACUGUGGAUGAAUUUCCAACUUAUAUUUUAUCAAAGAGAGUGUCUGUGACUGAUAAAAUUGAUGUUAUGUACUAGAUGUAUUUUUUUAUGCUUGCUAUGUUGGAUUGUUUGAGUAAAGAAUCCAACAUAUUUUCUGCAAUAUUACAAAGCUUAUCAGACUUUGGUGCGUAUUUCGGGAUACGUGGGUCAAAAUUAGGUGUAAUUGGUGCGUAUUUCGCUACUCUCCUAUGUGUCUUGUAUCCCAUAUAUGUAAUCACACUAGAUACAUACAGGUACAUGUAUCUAGAUUCUAGUGUAUCAAGUGUGAUUCGAAUGUAUCUGAAUACAUAGACAAA